AUGGCACUCCCACCAUCGACCGCAAACUGGCACUGGAAGAACAAGAAUGUCACUCAAUGGGGCAGAAAUUGGUUCACCAAGGAAUUGGAAAACCUGAGUGUGAAGGGAGAUAAAGAGGGCGAAGAGUUAACCAUCACCAGUAUAUAUGAGUUUGAAGGAGAUGUCGAACUUGGCCAGAGAAAAUCCAAACUGAUUACUAUCUAUGACUGUAAGGUCAACCUCGAAUGGUCAGGGAAAGCCAGUGACGGCUCUGAAGUUACUGGGCAUCUGGAUAUUCCAGAAGUCUCCCAUGAAACCACCCUCGAUAAGUCUUCUGAUCAUCAGUACUUCUGGUCCAUCACUUCCGGCGCCUCCGCUGCUGCUGAGGCUUUGGUAGCAAUGGCAAAGACGCGUGCUCCACCUCUCCUCGAAGAAAUCUUCAGUCGUUUCCCCGCUGCGUUGAUUGAAACUCACGGCAAAGAUCUAACAGUCAGCGCCGACCCCAGUCGAUCCGGAACACCUGCUCCUGCAUCUGCGGCUUCCACGACCUCUGCGGCGACGGUGGCGUCAGCAACUCCCUCUGUCGUUCCUGCCGUCAAGAAAGAGGCAAAGAAGGUGUCUGUCAACUCCGCCACGGUCACUGUGGAUGCCUCGUUCAUGGCUGCGGCGGAUGACCUGUUUAGUCUGCUUACGGACGAGAAAAGGAUUCCAGCAUGGACGAGGGCUCCUGCUCAGUCCGCAGCGAAGCCCGACACAGACUAUUCACUCUUUGGCGGAGGGGUCAAGGGAAAGUAUAUGUCUCUUGAUGCUCCAACUAAGAUUGUCCAGACGUGGGCCCUACAAAGUCCAACGUGGCCAUCUGGACACACCGGCACAUUGACGACCACCCUAGCACAAUCUUCAGACUCUACUAAGAUUACGCUAUCGCUCGCUGGAGUGCCUCUUGGUAUGGAAGAUGAAAUCAAGAAAAAUCUAGAAGGAUAUUAG